CACAACGCGUUAUUCGAUAACAACUACACCGACUCUUACAAAGAUUGCGUCUUCACGAUGGCGAUUAUGUUCAACCACUCCUUCCCCCGGCUGCUAGUAUGGGUGGUAGCCGUGCUGGCGACGCUUCACGGAACUGCAGGGGAGGAUGCGACCAAAGCAGAGGCAGAGCCAAAGGUCGUGGCGUCGAUCGAAGUCCAGCUAGAUCCAAACAGGCCAAUGGAUGGAGUCGAUAAGGAAUUCGGCGACGAUGGGGAAAAAUUCGAGUGCAAACAAUGGGCAAGCGAGGGAGAAUGUGAAAAGAAUCCCGGCUUUAUGCUCCAAAAUUGUGCUGCUAGCUGCAAAGCUGCAAACACAGUCAUUGUCAGUGUCUAUGACGGAGAGGAUGUCGGAGUGGCAGCCUUUCGUUUUGGAGAGGAACAUUCCUCCGCUUUUGGUUCGCCCAGCGAGACCCAGGAAUCAGUUUUGAAAGUGGCACAGGAAUUGCAAGGAGUUCUGGAUAAGGGGAGUUACGAACCUCCGAAGGAAUUAACUCACUGCGGCAAACGCCAGUGCAGUGCCGGAAAGCUUUGGAAGCGUGCCGAAGAAAUGCGCAAGGCAGAUAUGCACGACGAUGCGGGAGCAGAUUUGAUCCGAGCGUUGCUGAAAACAGGUAUCGAGGUUGACUUUGUUGAACGGUGCAAGCGUUCGUUGCAAUGGGCGUUUGGAAGCAUCCAACGGCAGCGAGAGAGAGAGAAGAGAGAUGCGAUAGAAGAGGCCAAACUUGAAGCCCGGCAAGCGGAAGAACGUGUGGCUAUGGAAGAAGCCCUCCAACGGAAGAAAGAAUACGAGGCAGAUUUUGUGAAAUUUGGAGUCAAGGUCCAGGAAAUGGUUGCCGAUGGAUCAAAAGUGUCGUCUGCUUCGGUUGGAGCGGAUGGUACGGUCGAAACAGAAACAAACAAUGGUCUGAUUUUGGAAAUCAUGAAAUCAUUUGUUGCGGAGGGUCCAGAGGGUGGAAACUGGAGCAACGUGCUUCAGCUCAUCAAGAAGGUGCGUCCAUCAGAAAAGACCACAGAGAUACUUCUUAUUGAGGCUCGGUGUCACGAGAUGAUGGGAGACCACAAAAAUGCUCUGUCGGCCGCUGGUCGCCUAAUCCAAAAAGCGGCAUCAUACACUCCUUGGGUUGACGACAGCCCUAGAAUGAUUGCUGUUACAUUAGGAGCGAAUGCUGCGAUGCAACUAGGUCUAUCAGAAAAUGCAAUCUCCUUCUACCAAACCGUUCUGAAGUUCGACCCCGAACAAAAAAAGACGAGGAAGCAGUACAGAGGCCUAAAGAAAGUCGUGAAGCUUAUGGCCAAGGCAGACGAACAGAUUGAAAAAGGAUACAACAAGGCCGCUUCCACAUUUGUUGACGACUGCCUUUCAGCCAUGCGCGGUCUUGACGUAGACUCGCCACUGUUUAGAAGCAAGAUUCAACUGAAACAAUGUACCAUUUUGAGUGGCAUGGGCAAACACGAGGAAGCCCUGGCAAACUGCGAUUCUGCCGUAGAACAAAGAGCCGGGAACGAAUCGGUGUCGGACGAAUCGAAAAAGGAAGCUUAUUUGGUGCGUGCCGAAGCUCUCCUUUUGGAUAUGGACUACGACGAGGCGGUGGGAGAUUUUAGGAUGGCCUUCGACCUCGUCCCCGAAACGCAGGAAACCAUGCAAGAAAAACAUGAGCUCAACCAGAGACUGAAACAGACCCAGCGCCAACAGGAAUUGUGGAAUGGUGGGGUGAAGGAUUAUCAGUUCAACGAAAACACCGGCUACCCAGAUGGUAGACCGCCACAACGGGAUCAUGCAAAGAUCCUACAAUUGCCAAUCGACCUCGAUCAACAAAGCAAGGAGGUGAAAUGCGCGUGGCUGAAGAAGCAGUUCAAGACGCUUGUCAGAAAAUAUCACCCAGACAAGUACAAGGGAAACAAGAAGAGAGCUGCGAGAAAGUUCAAGGAGGUGAAGGAAGCAAAAGAAAUCAUUUCGAAGGCUUGGCAGUGUUAAUUUGAGUACCCUAUUUGAUAUGGCGGACUCGGUUGCUAACAUAAUUCUAUUCAAUAAUUAAUAGGAAUGCUA